UCGGUAGAUGGCGGUAACCCAAGAAACCCGAUCCACCGGGCUCUCGUGCACUCUGUCUCAGUUUGCAGCACUCGCAUUGUAGAUAGAGGAGCGGAACAGUUUGAAGGGCAUCAAAAGAAACAGGAGAGCUCACAGCGGGUCCUCUCCAGUUUUGCGCGCAGCUCUUGCGAGCAGGAGACGGAACGCGUUGUAACAUAGGAAGAUUCAAGGAGGGGGGAAACUAAGGAACACCAUGGAAGAAAAAUCCAAUUCGCUUUCCAGCAACAAGGAGGAGAAGGCUGAUGGGAAUAAUGUUUUUCAGAGGCAAGACUCGAUACAGAAAAAUAACACGGGGAGCCAGAAGGACCAUGGCAACUCAGUGGGCUUCAAGGGGGAGCGGGAAGAGGCCAUGGUCGGCUUUGACGAUCUGGAGGGAGCGUCCAGGCAACAUGGUUUUAUGCAGAGGCAAUUUGGGGCCAUGAUGCAGCCCGGAGUCAAUAAGUUCUCAUUGCGUAUGUUCGGCAGUCAGAAAGCCGUGGAGAAAGAGCAAGAGAGAGUCCAGACGGCCGGAUACUGGAUCAUUCACCCAUAUAGCGAUUUUAGGUUCUACUGGGACUUGAUUAUGCUCAUCAUGAUGAUGGGGAAUCUAAUCAUCAUUCCUGUGGGAAUAACCUUCUUCUCAGAGCAAACUACCACCACCUGGCUAGUCUUCAACGUGGCUUCAGACACCAUCUUCCUGGUGGACCUGGUAAUGAACUUCAGGACGGGGAUUGUCAACGAGGAGAGCUCAGAGAUCAUCCUCGAUCCCAAGGUCAUCAAGAUGAAUUACCUGAAGAGCUGGUUUGUCGUGGACUUCCUCUCCUCCAUCCCAGUGGAUUAUAUCUUUUUAAUAGUGGAGAAAGGCUUUGACUCUGAAGUCUAUAAAACAGCCCGUGCUCUGCGAAUCGUCCGCUUCACCAAGAUCCUCAGUCUUCUGCGUCUGUUGAGAUUGUCCCGGCUCAUCAGAUACAUCCACCAGUGGGAGGAGAUUUUCCAUAUGACCUAUGAUCUGGCUAGUGCAGUGGUAAGAAUAUUUAAUUUGAUAGGGAUGAUGCUGCUUCUGUGUCACUGGGAUGGCUGUCUCCAGUAUCUGGUGCCGCUCCUCCAAGACUUCCCUCCUGACUGCUGGGUGUCCCUAAAUGGUAUGGUUAACGUUUCCUGGGGUAAGCAGUACUCUUAUGCCCUCUUCAAAGCCAUGAGCCACAUGCUGUGCAUCGGGUAUGGUGCACGGGCACCUGUCAGCAUGUCUGACCUGUGGAUCACCAUGCUCAGUAUGAUCGUAGGUGCCACGUGCUAUGCUAUGUUUGUGGGCCACGCUACUGCUCUAAUCCAGUCACUGGACUCCUCGCGCAGGCAAUACCAAGAGAAGUACAAACAAGUGGAGCAAUACAUGUCCUUCCACAAACUUCCUGCAGACUUGCGGCAGAAAAUCCACGACUACUACGAGCACCGCUACCAAGGCAAGAUCUUCGAUGAGGACAACAUCCUGAGCGAACUCAACGACCCUCUCAAAGAGGAAAUCGUCAACUUCAACUGCCGUAAGCUCGUCGCCACCAUGCCUCUAUUUGCCAAUGCUGACCCCAACUUCGUGACGGGGAUGCUGAGCAAGUUGAAGUUUGAGGUCUUUCAGCCCAACGACUACAUCAUCAGGGAAGGCACCGUCGGGAAGAAGAUGUACUUCAUUCAGCACGGCGUUGCAAGCGUCAUCACCAAGUUCAACAAGGAGAUGAAGUUGACUGAUGGGUCGUACUUUGGAGAGAUCUGUCUGCUCACCAAGGGCAGGCGAACGGCAAGUGUGCGCGCCGACACCUACUGUCGACUCUUCUCCCUCUCUGUUGACCACUUUAAUGAGGUGCUGGAAGAGUACCCCAUGAUGCGACGUGCUUUUGAAACUGUGGCUAUUGACCGAUUGGACCGCAUUGGGAAGAAGAACUCCUUGCUGCUGCAGAAGUUCCAGAAGGACCUGAACGCCGGCGUUUUCAACACGCAGGAGAACGAGAUAUUGAAGCAGAUAAUUCGUCAGGACAGGGAGAUGGUGAUGAUGGUGGACCGCAAGCAGUCGGUCACCGGGAUGAACUCCACACCAAUGUCUGGAAACUCAAUCAUUAACUCGCCAGCCCAGCCGCCGUAUUCCACUGCCUUUGGUACCACUCAGCUGCAGCAGUCCUCCAUACCUAUGACUUACAGUGCUUCGGCUAUUGCCAAUGCUUCUGUGGCCCGCAUGCUGCCAGCUGCCGCCGCCGCCGCCGCAGUGCAGGGGGUUUACCCAGCUCCCAAUGUCCUUAAUUCUUCCUCACCGAACCCUCAGACUCCUCUGCAACAACAGGGAGCAGUCAUGUCACCCUGCUCCUUUACAGCUGCCAUGUGCAGUCCACCAGUGCAGACCCCCUUGGCAAGCCGAAGCUUCCAGUACGGCUCACCCACUGCCUCCCAGCUGUCACUUAUCCAGCAGCCCAUUGCCCAGCCAUCUCUACCCACACAGCAACUCGGUCAGCAGCCCCCUGCGUCAGGUGUCUCUGCAGCCUUGGCAACAACGCAGCAGCAGCCGGCACAUCAGCAGCAGCAGCAGGUCCCUUCACCUCAGCGGGGAGACAUCCACAAGAGCACACAGGCUCUGCAGUCUGGCAGCUUGAGUCGAGAUGUCCGACACUUAUCGGCCUCCCAACCGUCACUGCCACAUGACACAUCUCUGGGGCCCAGAGCUCAUCCGGCCUCGGGAGACUCUCUGGCUUCCAUAGUACCACCGACAGCGGUGACCCUCCAGGGAAUCAACCUACAGAGCGGCAUCCGCACUACAGUGCCCCAGCGGGUCAAUUUGUUCCGCCAGAUGUCGUCAGGAGCUUUGCCCCCAGUCCGCUCGGCUGCGGCUGCGGCGGCGGCGGCUGCAGCGGCGGCGGCGGCAGCGUCAUCAUCUUCAAUCCAGCACAGGGAAUCCCCUGGAUCUAGAAGAGAUUCUGUCCGGAGCAGCGCAGAGACUGAGCAAGACAAAAUGCGUUUUGCAUCAAAUUUAUGAUCCCAUAUAUCCCAUAACCCUUUCUUUUUUUAAACGUAAAUGUGUUUCAAUUCAUUUUUAAAGAUUGAGAAAGAACAAAAGAGGUAAAAAUGAGGAAUUUCAGCAGUUUUCUCUCUCCAAUUUUCCUCUAAACUAACCUCAUAGAAAUCCUGUACAUAUAAGCCCUUGUAUUAUAUUUUAGACAAUUUUGUCUCCCUAAACUUAAGAAUGUAUAUUAUACAGAUACAUCUCCUUUCCUGCAGAUAUAUACGUGUACAGUAUAUAUGUGUGUGUGUGCGUGCGUGUGUGUGUGUGUGUGUGUGUGUGUGUGUGUGUGUGUGUG